ACACACACACAUCGCCGGGUUGGGGGCCACUCUCACCGCCUACCCAACAUGAGUACGGACUUUGUCCCUGUCACUUUCGACGAGUAAAGACAAACAGAGCCACACGGAUUUAGAAACAGCCGCGGACAAAGAAGCAUGUUUUCAACCAAGACUGUGAAAACUGAACCCAGCCAUCACCAGCAUGUCUCCUCGGCAGAGCAGAUCCUCAUGGUGGAGUGUUGUUGUGGGCCGGGCCACAACUGUGAGCUCCACACGGCCGACACCGGUAGGAUUCCUUGCUCCGCGGAUUGUCAGGAAAUGUGCAAUUCCAAGAAACAAGGCCUUGACAACUUGGCUUAUGUGUAUGGAAGCCAGAGUGAGCUCCAACCUCCAGCCAAAUGUAUCUCCAGGGUCACUUUCCGAAUCCUGGGACUCAGCACUGAGCCUCAGGCCAGAGAAGUUGAAACCAGAAUCUCCAUCCUGAAAGGUGUGCUUGGCGUUAGCUUGUCUAUGCCUAGGAAAUUAGCCAAAGUGGACUACGACACCUCAGUCAUCACAAGCAAAGAAAUUGUCCUGGAGCUCCAGAACACUGGACACAGUGUGGAGGCAGCAGUCCAGAUCAGGGUGGAUGGCAUGCACUGCCAGUCCUGUGUACGUUCCAUCGAGGACCGCAUUUCUGGGUUACCAGGAGUGACACGAAUUCAGGUGUCGCUUCAGAACAGAGAAGCAGUGAUUGUAUUUCAGCCUCUAAUCGUUGAACAACAGGAACUAAGGGUCGCCAUUGAAAACAUGGGGUUUGAUGCCAUUUUAAGAGAUGACCUGUCCUUAGAAGACAUAAAUGGCUGGCAGUUGGACAUCUUGACCCCAUCAAGUCAGACUGUAAAUAUUUGGAUUGUGGGAAUGACGUGCAACUCUUGCGUGCAGUCCAUAGAAGGGAGGAUUUCUCAGAUGGCUGGUGUGUUGUCUAUAUGUGUGUCACUCAUGGAAGAAAAGGGAACGAUAUCUUUUGAUCCCCGUCAAAUGGAUCCAGAGAAGCUCCGGGUGGCCAUUGAGGACAUGGGCUUUGACGCCUCACUUCAAGAACCCGUUCAGAGCAGUGUGAAGUCCAAUCCUGUCACCUCUGCACCUUCUCACCUUCCUGAAAUGCGCUCAACCGAUAAUUCAGUACCCAGCAACAACAAUCGAUCACAGUCGAUCCCUGGGAUCUCUCAGUGUGGCUCCACUGAUGUUAAAGCACAAAAAUGCUUCAUUUGUGUAACGGGAAUGACCUGUGCCUCCUGCGUGUCAAAUAUUGAGAGGAACCUGCUCAAACACAGGGGAGUCAUCUCUGUGUUGGUUUCACUCAUGGCUGGAAAGGCAGAGGUGAAAUAUGACCCCAGCACCAUCGAUUCUGCUGCUGUGACUCAGCUUAUAGAAGAUCUAGGCUUCGGUGCCAAGCUGAUUGAGGACAAUGCUUUAACACAUGGGAAACUGGACCUCUCUAUAACAGGCAUGACGUGUGCAUCGUGUGUCCACAACAUUGAGUCCAAGCUCACCACAACCAAAGGCAUCCUAACAGCCUCUGUCGCUCUGGCUACCAAAAAAGCACAAAUUCAAUUUGACCCAGAUGUGCUCGGAGCCAGAGAUAUUAUCAAGAUCAUUCAGGAUCUUGGAUUUGAGGCCAGUCUGGUUAAGACAGGCUUCAAAAAUAACCUAGACCACUCAGAAGAAAUUAAACAGUGGAAGAAUUCCUUCUUUUUCAGCCUAGUUUUUGGCCUCCCCGUCAUGGGCCUCAUGAUCUACAUGAUGGUCAUGGACAGUCAGCACCAGGAACAUGGAGGCUCCAUGCCUGAAGAUCAGAACAUACUGCCAGGCCUUUCCCUGCUCAACCUGGCGUUCUUCCUGCUCUGUACACCUGUGCAGGUCUUGGGAGGUCGCUAUUUCUACAUCCAAGCAUACCGCUCAUUAAAGCACCACACUGCCAACAUGGAUGUUCUCAUUGUGCUGGCCACCUCCAUUGCUUACCUGUACUCCUGUGUGGUUCUCAUCGUGGCCAUGGCUGAACAAGCCCAUCAGAGCCCGGUCACCUUCUUUGACACCCCACCCAUGCUGUUUGUCUUCAUUGCUUUGGGUCGAUGGUUAGAGCAUGUUGCAAAGAGUAAAACCUCAGAGGCUUUGGCCAAACUAAUGUCACUUCAGGCCACUGAUGCUACUGUGGUCACUCUGGGAUCUAACCUCUCCAUCAUCAAAGAGGAGCAGGUAGUGGUGGACUUAGUCCAGCGUGGAGACAUUGUGAAGGUCGUCCCAGGAGGAAAGUUCCCCGUAGAUGGGAAAGUAAUUGAAGGAAGCUCGACGGCUGAUGAAUCCUUAAUCACAGGGGAGCCCAUGCCUGUCAGUAAAAAGGUAGGCAGUUUGGUGAUUGCCGGCUCCAUCAAUGGUCACGGUGCUCUUCUGGUGGAGGCAACGCAUGUGGGUGAUGACACGACUCUGUCACAGAUAGUCAGACUGGUGGAGGAAGCUCAGACCUCCAAGGCACCAAUCCAGCAGUUUGCAGACAGACUGAGUGGUUACUUUGUCCCCUUCAUUGUCAUCGUGUCCGUGCUCACACUGGUGGCUUGGAUCGCUGUUGGUUUUGUAAAUUUUGACAUCAUCAAGGAAAACUUCCCUGGUUAUAACUCCAACAUCUCCAAAGCAGAGGUUAUUGUGCGCUUUGCCUUUCAGGCGUCAAUCACUGUUCUGUCCAUUGCCUGCCCCUGCUCUUUGGGUCUGGCAACCCCGACUGCUGUCAUGGUGGGUACAGGAGUUGGAGCGCAGAAUGGGAUUUUGAUAAAAGGAGGCGAACCGCUGGAAAUGGCCCAUAAGAUUGGUGUGGUGAUGUUUGACAAGACUGGUACAAUCACCAACGGCAUCCCUCAGGUAACCCGUGUCUUGGUGUUGUGGGAAAUGGCUCGCAUGCCCCUGAGAAACAUCCUGGCUGUUGUGGGUACAGCAGAGGCCAGUAGUGAGCACCCGUUGGGCAGGGCAGUCUCCAAAUACUGCAAAAAGGAGCUGGGCUGUGACUUGCUGGGCCACUGCCAGGAAUUCCAGGCUGUGCCCGGCUGUGGGAUCAGCUGUCGGGUCUUCAACGUGGAGCAUCUCCUCCAGAAGGGGCCGCAGCAGAUUUCUGAGGAGCACUUCCUGCUUCCUGGUGCCACCACAGAUGAAAGUAGCCUGCUCUCUGAUGAAAACCCAUAUACUCACAUGCCUUCUCAGUCCCCGUCUUACUUGGUCAUAAUCGGGAACAGGGAAUGGAUGAGGAGAAAUGGUCACCACAUUGGUGCAGACAUUGAUGCCGCUAUGAGCAGCCAUGAGAUGAAGGGUCAAACAGCCAUUCUGGUUGCUGUUGAUGGCAUGCUGUGUGCCAUGAUAGCCAUUGCUGACACGGUGAAAGCAGAGGCUGCGUUGGCAGUUCACACACUCAGCAGCAGGGGCAUCGAUGUAGUUAUGAUAACAGGAGACAACAGACGGACAGCUAAAGCUAUUGCUGCACAGGUGGGCAUCAGGAAGGUGUUUGCUGAGGUUCUACCCUCACACAAGGUGGCUAAGGUUCAAGAGCUUCAGGAGAAAGGCCUACGGGUAGCAAUGGUUGGAGAUGGUGUUAACGACUCCCCUGCCCUCGCCCGCAGCGACGUGGGCAUCGCCAUAGGCACAGGAACAGAUGUGGCCGUUGAGGCAGCAGAUAUCGUCCUGAUCAGAAACAAUCUGCUAGACGUUGUAACGAGCAUAGAGCUGUCCAAGAAAACAGUGCAGAGGAUAAGGAUCAACUUUGUGUUUGCUCUCAUUUACAACCUAUUGGGAAUUCCCAUUGCUGCUGGUGUUUUCAUGCCUGCUGGUCUGGUUCUUCAGCCAUGGAUGGGCUCGGCAGCAAUGGCUGCCUCUUCUGUUUCUGUCGUUCUGUCAUCUUUGUUGCUGAGAACGUACAAGAAAACUUCAGUGGACCUGUACGAGACACGUGCCCGGGGUCAGAUGAAGAGCCUGGGCUCAUCUCAGAUCAGCACCCACCUUGGGCUGGAAGGCAGGUGGCGCAGUCCAGCUCCUCCCGGUACAGCUGAGGAACAUUUCGAUCAAAGCACUAUGGCGCCCUCUGCUCUCUCCAGAGAUGAAGUGUCUGUGAACUCUUUCAAGGGACAACAGGACCGCUACUCCCUGCUGGACCACCAAACCACAGAAGAUAUUAAUGUGUAGCUUUGAAACAAAGGGAGUGGAAAUCACAGAAGUUUCUGCAUGUUGUUUUUGUGUUAACAUUGAUUUAACAAAC